UUCAUUUUAUGCUUUUCUACCAAUGAACAAUGAUUUUUAACGCAUUGAUAUUCGUCGCGAGUAUUGUUUGUUGUUCUUGCGAGUUUCUUCCGUCCUUUGAGGAAUAUGUGAAAACCAUCAAAUCCGAUCCACUGUUCGUUAAUAAUGUCUUGCCCCCGGGACUCAAUUGGACAGAAACAUUUGCUAAUAGGCCACUUCGCAGCUACGAGAAGGUGACGGUACCUAAAUUAAUCGAGUACCACGGAUACAAAGCUGAAAUUCAUCAUGUCACGACCAAGGAUGGCUAUAUUCUCGAAAUCCACAGAAUAUGUGGCAAUCGUAAAUUCAAUUCGAGUCGAAACCAGAAGCCAGUAGUCUUCCUUCAGCAUGGCAUAUUAACCUCGUCGAUAGAUUGGGUCUUAGCGGGACCAAGGAAAGCCCUUGGAUUUCUCCUUGCCGAUGCCGGCUACGACGUCUGGAUGGGAAACAGUCGAGGCAAUGUUUACUCUCGAAAGCACGUAAAGCUGUCAACGGAUGAUCAUGAUUUUUGGACAUUUGAUUGGCACGAAAUGGGAAUGUACGACUUACCGGCGUCGAUCGAUUUCGUUUUAAAGCAAACAAGAAGAAAAAAGCUUAUGUACGUCGGUUUCAGCCAAGGCACCACUUCGUACUUCGUGAUGACCAGUAGUCGGCCAAAGUACAACGACAAAAUCGAGGCGAUGUUUGCCCUCGCGCCGGUUGCUUAUUGCGAGAACAUGCCCAGCCCAAUAUUGCAGUUCCUCGCUAUAUUCAGAUAUAUUGUAAAAUUUGAACUUUACUUAUUGAUGGGCUUUACUGGAGAAUUCAAACCAACCAAUAGAUUUUUCGAGAAAUUUAGUUCACUACUCUGUAGCGAUGAAUCGAUAUUACAUCCCGUAUGCGUAAAUGCUCUUUUCCUCAUUGUAGGUAUCGAUUGGAAUGGAUUCGAUAGGGAUCUGCUACCACAAAUCUUGCACCAUGUUCCAGCAGGGGCGAGCAUUCGGCAAUUUAUGCAUUAUGCGCGUCUGAUAAGGAAAGGUGGUUUUCAAUCCCCCGACCGUAUUGAGUACAAUUUAUAUAAAAUCAGAAGCAAGGUAUUUUUGUACCACAGUAAAAACGAUUGGAUUUCCAGUGUAUCGGACGUUAAAGAAUUAUCCGAUAAUCUACCAAACCUACAAAAAAGGUUCCUCUUGCCUAACAAAUUUUUCAAUCAUAUUGACUUCUUGUGGUCAAAAAACGUGAAAAGAGAAUUGUACGACCAAGUUAUGAAUGAUAUGUCACGAUUUGUAAGUGCUUAGCAAAAAAAAGAUUGUAUAUUAGUAAAUUGAAAUA